CACUCCCCCCCGCAUUCCAGACAAACCAUUCGUUCCAUUCACUCUCACUCUCUUCUCUUCAAUUUGUCAUCUUCCUCUCUCUCUUUCAAUUUCCCUCUCUCCAACAUAGACAAACGAGUCAAGGAGUACACAGAAUUAAUGGCGUUCUGAUUGUGAAGAGGAGGUGACUAGGGUAGUUUGAUAGAGUGUGAAUUAUAUAAUUAUUUUGUAGUUGGCGUUUGUUUCAUGGGUCUUACUUCACUGCAAGUCUGCAUGGAUUCGUCUGAUUGGCUUCAGGGCACGAUUCACGAGGAUUCCGGUUUGGAUUCUUCUUCACCAUCUGGUGGUGACAUGCUCACUUGCUCUAGGCCUUUGAUAGAAAGGAGGCUGAGGCCCCCGCACGAUCAGGCGCUCAAAUGCCCGAGGUGUGACUCGACACACACCAAAUUUUGUUACUACAACAAUUACAGCCUCUCUCAGCCACGCUACUUUUGCAAGACUUGUAGAAGGUAUUGGACUAAGGGCGGCACCCUGAGGAACAUUCCUGUUGGUGGUGGCUGUAGAAAGAACAAGAAAGUUUCUUCUAAAAAAUCGAACGAUCAUCAUCAGUCCAUUAACCAAAAUCCCGGAUCAUCAUCAUCUCAUAAUCCCACUGAUCUUCACCUUUCAUUCCCCGAUAUGCAAUUUUCUCACCUUGGAAACAUAAUGGGCACUCAUGGUGCUCUUGCUAACCCUAAUUUCAUGGACGCUAAAUAUAAUGCCAUGCUUGAAAAUCCGAGGCCGAUUGAUUUUAUGGAGAGUAAGUUAGAAGCUAUAGUUGGUAGUUCUAGAAAUUAUGAUUUUAUGGGAAAUGGUCAUGAGUUGGGAAUGGUUGGUGGGAUUGGGGGUUUGAGUCAUGGACUGGCUCCAAACGUUCAUGGUCUUUGCUCUCCAUUUGGGAUGUCUGUUGAUGGAAAUGGCGGAACUUUCAUGGACACUUGCCAGAGAUUGAUGCUUCCAUACGAAGCAAAUGAAGAUCAUCAAAAUGCGGUUGAUGUUAAACCAAAUACAAAGCUCUUGUCACUCGACUGGCAAGACCAAGGUUGUUCCGAUCAGGUUGGGAAGGACACAUUCGGGUAUUUAGGAAAUUUGGGAUCAUGGACUGGAAUGAUGAAUGGCUAUGGCUCAUCCGCCACAAAUUCCUUAGUCUAAAUUUCUAUUAAUCCAGGAAUGAUCGAUCCCAUCAUAUGUGAAAUAUCUAAUGCCUUUGAUGAAAAGGUUAUUUUAUUUUUGUAUGUUUGAUUCAGUGAAGGCAGUCUUCAGAAAUCGUGAUUGACUUAACAUGCGGCAGCAAUAGGAGUGUGAAUGAGAGACAUCCCUAAGUCUCUAAAAAGGGCUGCCAUAAGUGCCUUAGUGUUGGCUUUGUAUUUUUGUUUGUUUUUUUUUUAAUCAUCUUUAUAUUAUCUAAUUUGGUGUCUUAUCGCCAUGUAAGACAUUCAAAGCUCUAGCAUUUUGUUGUUAUACCGAGGAAGAUAUAAUAGUGCUUUUUUUAUUGUU